GCCAAAGGCGCCCUUUGGCAAGGAAGGGGCAAUUCGCUUUCAAACCGGCGGGCGGGAGGAGAGUCUGCCGGGGAUGCAGAUUUCGAAGGCUUCAGGAGCAGUUCCAGAAGGCCCCUGAAUGAAAAGUAAUGUCCUGCUUGGUUAAAAAAAAAAGUGUCUGCUCUCCAGAAACAACCGUGUCAUCUCUUCUAGCAAGUAGUAGCCUUAACAGUGGCCAUGAUUCCCUGAAUAUCCACAGUCCAGUCCAAUACAAGGACAAGUUAUAUAGUUCUGCCUCUCAGGCUUUAGAGGCCUAUAUUAAAGAUUUCAAUCUCAGUCUUUCAUCACCAGACGUCAGACCUGGAAAAAUUGACAUUCCUCAGAGGGCUUCUAAGAACUUCAAGUCCUCAAGGGACAGUUUCAAGUCCAAGUGCGAGAAUGUAAAACAGCGUACACAUCUUGGAAGAAGAAUUGCUUAUGAGUCGGAUAUGGUCAGUCUGACUACGGAUGAUCUUUUAGCAUUCCCUGCAGAUGGAUCUUUAUCUUUCAAGAGUUCUAGACCAUUAGCUCAGAGAAGCAAUGUGAACAGGAGGUCAUGGACAGCAUCUGCUUCUUGUUCUCAUCACCGGACUUCAUCCUUCAGCAAUAAAGGAAAAGAAGAUUCUCUGGAAAAUUCCUUGUUUUCCUCUUCAUACCAAGAAGCUAGCAGAAGAAAAGGUGCACAAUAUAAAUUUCACAAACAUGAUCCUGUGUUGCCUGGGGAUGACCAGCCCUCCAGUCAAGAGACUGUUUUUCAUAAGAACUAUCCAAGAUGGCUGACGAGCUAUAAAACUGACUUGAGCAUCUCAGAGUUAAGUAGUAUUCCUGAAUCCAAAUAUCCUAUCUGGCUGAAGAACCAUAAACUCUUGUUGGAUUCAAGUAAUGAAAAUUCUACACAGACUUCACAUCUGGAAGAUGAACUUCUGUCUUUGCAAGAUAAUAAGGACCUGAUGAAGUUUCAAAACCUUAAUAGAUUAAGCACCUCUGAGUACCCAAGACGUAAUGAUGUGGUUAGCCUAAAACACAAGUGUGAUAUUCAAACGAAUUGCCAAAAUGAUUCUCCAGGUGCCUAUUUUCUACCUCGGGGCCUAAGAGAGCACAAGGAUCUGCUUAUAGAUGACACAGAGUUGGUAAUUCAGAAAGCAAGGAGAGCUCUGGAAUCUUCUGCUGGGAAAUCAACUAGUCUCCUGAAAAAUGAUGGCAGUCCUUGUACAGUGGAUGUACUAGAAGCAGAAAGGUUAUGGGAUAAUGUUCCAGUUGGUUUAAAACCUCCAGUACCUGUAUCCUGUGUGGAAGAGAAUUCACCACCAAACUCCAAAACCAGCAUCGUCAAUAACUUUUUAGAAGACUGUUUGCAGAAUGGUCAACAGGAGAGUACAUUUUCUGGUGGAAAUCAUCAUGGUCCCGUGGAAGCUUUGAAACUCAUGCUAUUUAACCUUCAAGCAGUUCAGCACAGCUUUAACAAAAACAAAUCUGAUAGACCAGAUGAAGAGUCCAAAAAAGUGUUGCGUGAAGAUGAGGAUUUCAAGUUGAUUGAUUAUGAGAUGAUCCCUGUUGCCAGAUCUCUUCAGAGAGCUUUGCAUCAUUUAUCUCGACUUAAAGGAUUGGUUGAAGAUUCGAGUGAUAGAGAAGAAUCAAAAGAAUUGCUCAAGACAUGAAGCAUUUAUCCUAAAUCUGUCUCGAGAAUAAACAUAAUGUAAAACUGCAAUUAAAGUACUAAGUCAUGAAACUCUGGACAGAGCUACAGCUUUUGUACAAGUCCUGUAUUUCUGUAAAGCUAAAUGCAUCUCAUUUGAGUCUCGAAAACUUGCCAGGGUCCCAAAAAACAUGCAGAUUAUAGAAAGGGGUUGCCCUACUUUGAGGCUUAACAGCUGUGUUCUUCCCAGCUGGACAGAAACAGUGUGAGCAGCAUGGACAAGUGCUAAAGAAAAAAGCAAGUCUUUAAGCUCCAAAAACUAAUUUUACAAUUUUUUUCUUUAAUAUUCCUGACAACUGAAGCCAGAAUAUAAAUGAUUAUUAUUCCAUCAGAAGUGAUAUUGUCAAAAAUAAUCUUGUAUAAGAUGAUACGGAUAAUCCAGAUCACAAAAUGAAGUGUUAAGGCAACGUUUAUUGAAGAAAUGAGUUCUUGUGAGUCACUGUAAUAGGACUGCAUAGAUAUAACUUACUGUUAAGUACAUGACCGGUCUGUUGGUAUUAGAAAUACUGAUGUCUCUGGAAAUGGACUCUGGACUUCCUCAUAUUUCUUGCUCCUCUUACCCUAACCCACAGCACUGUAAGAUUGGAUUUCAGCAUAGCAAAUAUAUUGGAUAUACACAAAAUGACAUCACAAUUCUCUGGAAAACCUUCAAAGUUAAGCUAUGUUGGAUAGUGGUUACUGCUGAGCUCUAUACUAGCUUUGGAUCUCUACAUUGGGAUCCAUUAUUAUUUAUUCAGACACUUGUUUCUGAAAAGGAAGACAAUUAAAAAACACAGAAGGCACAUACAUUCGUGUUUCACUCUAAAAUUUAUAAGGGUCUGUGGUUCUAGUCAAUCCAAUUCAAAUUGUGUGAUUCAGAUUUUCAGAACAAUUUGAUCUCUGAAUCAGAUCAUCACUGAAUCAAUCUCACUUGGAAAAAUGAUUCAGUUGGGGGGGGGGAAACUUUUUAUACGUGUGCAGAAGACCAUCAGAUAGUUGGAUCAAUUUGGAGAACAUUGAUUCAGUUAAAUGAUUCAAUUGGAAUCGAUUCAAUUUGGAAAGUUGGAUUUAAUUUAGUUCAGAGGUUUGAUUGAAUUGCCUUCAAACUGCAUCUCCAAAGCAACCCUUUGUGUAGCCAUAAUCCACAUGCAAUGAGCUGUAAAUUUUUAAGAUUCAAUAUCAACCAAGGUUGGCUAAGUGCUUCUAUCUGCUGUAAUUUAU